AUGAGUUGCUUCUCAUGGAUGCGUCGUGUAGGGCGGCGGCGCCCGCAGCAGCAGCAGCAGCAAGAAGAAGAUGACGAAAUAGAUAAACAAAUAAAAGACAAAGAAGAAAAAGAAAAAAAAGAAGAAGAAGAAGAAGAAGGAAUACAAAUGUAUUAUCCUUUAUAUGAUCCUCGUGAGGUAAAACCAGAUAAAGAGGAGCCUCCUUUGCUGCUGCAGCGUGACCGUAGUAAAUCUGCUGCUGCUGCUGCUGCUGCUGCUGCAGCAUUUGCUUCCAGCUUCAGCAAACAGCUAACAGAUAUACCUAUAGAGAGGGGCAGCAGGGAGAUCAUCUCUGUUCCUCAUAGCGAGGACAGCAGCAGCGACGAAUUAGAGAAAGAAGAAGCAGCAGCAGCAGCAGCAGCAAAAGAACCAGAGGAAGAAGAAGAAGAAGAUGGGCCCCUGCAGCAACUUGAGGGGGACUGUAGCCCUCUACCUGUUGAUGAAUUUAGUACACCAGCAGCAGCAGCAGCAGCAGCAACAGCAGCACCAGCAAAGACAACAGGAGAAACAGCAGCAGCAGCAGCAAGUGUAGCUACUGCAGCAAGAGCUGCUGCUGCAGCAGCACCAUCACCACCAGAUACAUACAGUAAACCCUUAUCACGUGCUCCUACGCAGCCACCACCACCACUGCAGCAGCAGCAGCAACCACCACCACUGCAGCAGCAGCAGCAGCAGCAGCAGGAGACAAUAAGACCUCCAUCUCCUCCUCCUCCUGCCCAAUCUCCUAAGAGUCCCGUCAGCAGCAGCAGCAGCCGUCGCAGCAGCCACCGCAAGAGCAGCAGCAGUGGUAGUGACAGCAGCAUGCACCGCAGCAGCAAGUUGAGCAGCAUGCGAAGCAGCAGAAGAAGCAGCAGGAAGAGUAGAAGCAGCAGCAGCAGCAGCAGCAGCAACAGCAGCAGCAGCAGAGAAGAAGAAGAUAUAGAUUUAAUGAGUAUACCUACAGCACCAACAACACCCCGAGGUGCCUAUACACUGCAGCGCAGCAAGCAGCCACGUUUGUUGCUGCUGCAGCCUUAUACAUUACCUCAUCCAGCAACAACCCGCAUGCAAAGAGAAGCAAGAAGGCUCGUGCUGCGCUGCAGUCAGCUGCAGCAAGCUAUAGAUCUAUAUGCAGCAGCAGGAGGUAUACAUACAUUCAUGGUUAAUCCUCAUGAUACACAAACAUGUUAUUCAUGCAGAUUUGUUGAUUUUACUGAUACACCUCUACUAUGGUAA